GCAAAGUACAAACACUUUCAUUUUCAAACAAAGAGAGGAAGUGUGUUAAGGACAAACACAUUUGUGAGCAAAGCUUGUUAUAUAAGAUUAGUCGUUUUUAGUUUCGCUUGCACAGGUACAUUUGAUAAAAAAUAGACGUGUUAUUUAAAUACACACCAAACGUACACCAAGGUCUGCUGACAUCGUUUCUCUGAAAACAAAAGUGACUUUGACGGUAACAAAAUGGGAGUUGAUGGAUGUUCCAAAGGUGUAAAAUACCUAAUGUUUCUCUUCAACUUUCUCUUCUGGAUUGCAGGUACAGGUGUCUUGGCUGUUGGACUUUGGCUGAGGUUUGACCCCAAGACUAAAAGCUUGUUUGAAGGAGAGAACUCGCCGUAUGUCUUCUACACAGGCGUGUACAUCCUCAUUGCGGCUGGUGCUCUGAUGAUGGUCGUGGGGUUUUUCGGCUGCUGUGGUGCCAUCCAGGAGUCUCCUUGCAUGCUAGGAUUGUUCUUCUUCUUUCUGUUGGUCAUAUUUGCUGUUGAAGUAGCUGCUGGAAUUUGGGGCUUUUCCAACCAGUCCAAGGUUAUUGAAGAUAUAACUGCUUUCUACCGGGAAACAUAUGAAAGCUACAAAAACAACAAACAAGAUGCUCUGAAAGAGACACUCCGUCUCAUCCAGCAUGGACUUAACUGUUGUGGCCCGUCAGGAAGCAUCCAGGACGCUCCCGAAGAGACCUGCCCCAAAAAGGAGGGGCUUGAUGUGCUCAUUACAAAGAGCUGCCCUGAUGCCAUUGAUGAAGUCUUCAACUCCAAACUACAUAUUAUUGGAGGUGUUGGAAUUGGUAUUGGAAUGAUCAUGAUCUUCGGCAUGAUCUUCAGCAUGAUGCUUUGCUGUGCCAUCCGGAAAACCCGGGAGAUUGUGUGAGGGUCUCGUUGCCUGGGAAACCGCCAGUGUAUUUGUGUUGCAUGAUGUCUGUCCCAAAGCACUGUCUCCAACAUGACCUCAUCAGACAAGAGCCCGUUAGAUCCCGACACAGGCACACAAUAUGUACACUUCUCUUCAUUCCUCUUUCUUAGUGCAGCUGUUCAAAUGAUGAGUGACGAAGAGAGGCUUAGCUUUCCAAACCCAUUAAAAUGCCUUCGAUUCUUUCUUUUUAUAUUUUUUUUAUCGUUCAUAAUAGAUUUUAAAGGUUAUUGUACUUGCAGUAUUGAUUGAUAUAAAUUGUUCAAAACUUUUCUAAUGUUUUGUUUCUGAUUGUGAAUAGUUUUUCAAUUUGAUUCACCCAUAUCGGAGCAUAUGGCUCAAAUAAAAGCCAAAUUAUUCAC